GAAGUCCGCGGAGACGCGCAGCCGGCUCCGCGGCGAGGCGCCAUGGCCGCGGGAGGCCCGGGCGCGGAGUUUGCAUCUCGGGGUCUGUCGGGUUCGGCGCCGGCACCGUCCCCCGGCCCGGCCCCGUCCUCGACCCCGGCCUCCGCGCUGUCCCCCGCCGCUGCCGCGCUGCCCCUGGCCGCCCUGAACGUGCGCGUGCGCCGCCGCCUGGCGCUGCACCUGAACCCGCGCACGGCCGUGGCCGCCGACUGGACGGUGCUGGCCGAGGAGAUGGGCUUCGAGUACCUGGAGAUCCGGCAGCUGGAGGCCCGGCCUGACCCCACUGCCGCGCUGCUGGACGCCUGGCAGGCCCGGCCGGGAGCCUCGGUGGGCCGCCUGCUGUGGCUGCUGGAGCAGCUGGGCCGCAAGGACGUGCUGCAGGAGCUGCGCGCGGACAUCGAGGAGAACUGCCUGAAGUACAUUCGGAAGCAGCAGGAGCUGGAGGCCGAGAAACCCUUGCAGGUGGCCCGAGUGGACAGCAGCGUCCCCAGGACCGAGGAGCUGACCGGCAUCACCACACUGGAUGACCCGCUGGGACAAGCACCGGAGCUCUUCGAUGCCUUCAUCUGCUACUGCCCCAGCGACCUGCAGUUUGUGCAGGAGAUGAUCCGGCAGCUGGAGCAGACGGAGCACCGGCUGAAGCUGUGCGUGUCCGACCGCGAUGUCCUCCCUGGUACCUGUGUCUGGUCCAUUGCCAGCGAGCUCAUCGAGAAGAGAUGCCGCCGGAUGGUGGUGGUGGUCUCCGAUGAUUACCUGCAGAGCAAAGAGUGUGACUUCCAGACCAAAUUCGCGCUCAGCCUCUCUCCAGGUGCCCAUCAGAAGCGCCUGAUUCCCAUCAGGUACAAGGCCAUGAAGAAGGAAUUUCCCAGCAUCCUCCGGUUCAUCACAGUCUGUGACUACACCAACCCGUGCACCAAGUCCUGGUUCUGGACCCGCCUGGCCAAGGCCUUGUCCUUGCCUUGAUGCACAGCUCUGGGCCACAGUGGGGGGGACAUGGAUGUGCCUCACCCCCCCCUUCCUCCCUCCUCCUCGGGGUGGGGGUGGGGGUGGAAACCUGCACCUCUUAUUUCUGGACAGCCCUCCUCAGAUGACUGCCUGGGCCGCCUCCCAGCACCCGAGGAGCAGGGAGUGAAAAUCAGACCAGAGCUCUGUGCAGAUCACAGCAGGAGAUGUCCCAGGGCAUCCCGGCUGUCCCAGAGAGAUCGUUUAGGGGGGUCAGGGGGCAGAGGGGGGACCUAGGUCCCCUUUCUCCUACUCAGGGUGGACUCAGGGAGGAUUCCCUCCCUGACCCCUGAACCUCCACACCCCUUGAUCAAUGGAUGGAUGUGGGCAGUAGGGGCAGGUGUUCACCUCCACUGUCUAGUGGCUGGUGGGUUGGGCAGGGGUCCGGGUCCCUGGUGGGGCCAUCUGUCCCAGUGACCACAGGCAGGGAAACUGUUUCCCUGUGCCACCCAGAAGUAGUCUCUGACAGCUUCCUGCCCCUCCCUCCUUCCUCACUUCCUUAUUCCUUCUCUUCCUCUUUCUUCCCCCCCUUCUCUCCCUCCUUCCUCCUUUCCUCCUCCCUUUCCUUACCCUUCUUCUCUUUCCUCCCUCCCACUUCCUCCUGGAUACUGUGCCUUUUAAAGCAAUUUGAAAUCGCCUUUCUACAAGUUUUUAUAUGCUUCCUGAAAACUUCUGUGAGAUCUGACAACUGCAUACCCAUUUUCUAAAGCCUAGAUUUAAAAUAAAGACUGUUCUAUUUUGUGUA